AAUGCCCAUAGUGAUAUCUGCAAGAUCAUCUUCGCCAUCAUCCUCCCCCCUCUGGGUGUCUUCCUUGAGCGAGGAUGUGGUGUUGACCUGCUCAUCAACAUUCCUCUCACCAUUCUGGGAUGGUUGCCCGGUCUCAUUCACGCCCUCUACAUCAUUUUCAAGUAUUAG